AUUCUGAAGAGGCGGAUGUAUUCGUUUAUGUUGUGUUUCUGGAAAGAAGGGGAGAAGGAGAAAACAAUACAUGUUUGUUUAAUUUAGUAUCGCACAAAAGUCUUAUGUACUUUUUAAUUUGUUGGUCAUUUCAUAAAUCAAAGAUUGCUGUAAUACCCACUUUGUAAAGUCCUGAAUUGAAUCAAGUCAAGGAUCUUUCAUUGAUGGUUCGAAAAAUCUAACAAUGAGCUUCAGCUUUGAGGGAGAUUUCAAAACAAGACCCAAGGUGUCUCUUGGGGGAGCGAGUAAAAAGGAGGAAAAAGCAUCUCUCUUACACCGGACACAAGAGGAAAGGCGAAAAAGAGAGGAUGAAAGACGAAGAUUGAAGAACACUAUUGUCAUUCAGUCCUAUAUACGAGGAUACCAUGACCGAAAACAGCAAUAUGCCAUCCAGAGGGGCAACUUUGACCGCUGCGUCUGCCAGGCACAGUCAGAAGGUGGACCGCCAAUGUCCGACGCUGCCAGUCUCAGUCUCCUAACGAGGCAACUCCUUUUUUUCUACAGACAGAGUGAGGAUUCACGGAGAUUGAUAUGGAUUUGUCAGAACCUAGUGAAACACAAUGGGCAGUUUUUGAAGUUGCUGGCAGGGCCCGAGAGACAGACGUGUGUGUUUCAGAUCAAGAGGGUCCUGGGCUCCUGCUGCAGACUUCUGCAGACCUGCAAGGAUGACAGUUUGAAUGUUGCCGUCCCCAUGAGGAUGCUGGAGAUCUUUUCUUCAGAGAGAACUUAUCUUCCUGUCCUUGAAGACAUGAAUUGUGUAGCGUCGUUAAUCGAGCAGAUUUUGCACUAUAUGGUACAGAAAGGAUACUACAGGUCACUUUAUAUUCUAGUGAAUCACAAGCUUCCUUCCAGUCUGGAGUACAGCGAUGCUCCCUAUGGUGCACACGCUAUCCCCUUGGCAAGCACACUGCUGGAGCACACGCUGAAGCCCCUGCACUUUACCUACUCCUCCUGCACUACAGGCGCAAGGCAGUUUGUGUUUGCGGCCUUCACUGAGGAGUUCACCUCGGCGCCUUUCACGGAGCAGAUCUUUAAUUUCUUUAUUCCGGCGCUGUCCGAUCCGCGCCUCCACUUCCCCUUCGAGGCCUUCCUGGGCUCCCUGCAGGCCACCGUAGUCUCCUCCGCAGCGGCGCUGAAACGUGCGCCGUGGCUCUUCUACUUUGUCCUCUCGGUCGGGGAGACCUGCCUGGGUUCAUUGUCAGAGGAGGGCCUCCAGCUGUACCUGCGAGCUCUGCAGUCCCUCCUGCCUCUCCUCCCCGUGUCAGAGAGCACCAGCAGGCCGGAGGUCAUCAGUGACUCUGAGGACGAGGAGGACACCAACACCCAGGCUCUGUCCACACAGGACGACAGCUAUCGGAUAUCGGUGCAGCUGAUCACGGAGGAGUGCGUCCACAAGCUGGACACAAAGCAGCAGACGAACGCGCUGCUCAACCUGGUGUGGAGGGACUCGGCCAGCGAGGAGGUCUUCACCAUGAUGGCCUCCAUCUGCCACACACUCAUGGUGCAGCACCGCAUGAUGGUGCCCAAAGUCAGGCUUCUGUACAGUUUAGCGUUUAAUGCACGUUUCCUGAGACAUCUCUGGCACCUGAUACAGUCCAUGACCACCACAAUGAUCACGGGGUCCAUGGUUCCGCUGUUGCAGGUCAUUUCGCGGGGGUCUCCCAUGUCCCUGGAAGACUCCAAUCGCAUCAUUCCCCUCUUCUAUCUCUUCAGUUCCCUCUUCAGCCACUCGCUCAUCUCCGUGCACGACAGCGAGUUCUUUGGCUACCCUAUGGAGGGCCAUGGCCACAGCAAUACCACCAUGAUGCCGUUCACAUUGUCCGAGCUGGUGAACCUGUCUCAGUUGCUGAGGGACGCGUGUCUGGGCAUCAUCAAGCUGGCCUACCCCGAGACCAAGACGGAGCACCGCGAGGAGUACAUGGCCGCCUUCCGCAGCGUGGGGGUCAAAACCAACACAGAGGUGCAGCAGCGCAUCCAGGCCGAGCAGAAACGCUGGGUUCAGCUCUUCAAGGUGAUCACUAACUUGGUGAAGAUGGUGAAGGCUCGUGACAUCAGACGUCCCUUCUGUCCGGCAGGUCAUUGGCUCUCUGGAGAGGUCAACAUCAGAGCAGAUAAGGUGACCCAGCUGUACGUCCCCUCGGCCAGACACGUGUGGAGGACGCGGAGGAUGGGACGCAUCGGGCCCCUGCAGUCCACACUGGAUGUGGGGAUGGAGCCUCCACAGCUGUCUGUGUCUGAGGAGAGACACUUGGCCAUUCUGACCGAGCUGCCCUUCGUCGUGCCCUUUGAGGAACGAGUCAAGAUCUUCCAGAGAUUGAUCUACGCGGACAAGCGGGACGUACAGGGAGAUGGGCCGCUUCUGGACGGGAUCAUCGUCACCAUCAGACGGAACUACAUCUACGAGGACGCCUACGACAAGCUCUCCCCAGAAAACGAGCCAGACCUGAAGAAACGUGUCCGGGUGCACCUACUCAACGCCCACGGUCUGGACGAGGCGGGCAUCGACGGCGGGGGCAUCUUCCGCGAGUUCCUCAACGAGCUGCUCAAGUCAGGCUUCAACCCCAACCAGGGCUUUUUCAAGACCACCAACGAGGGCCUGCUUUAUCCUAGCCCCACCGCCCAGAUGCUAGUGGGGGACUCCUUCGCCAGACACUACUACUUCCUGGGACGGAUACUGGGGAAGGCCCUGUAUGAGAACAUGCUGGUGGAGCUGCCGUUUGCCAGCUUUUUCCUGUCCAAGCUGCUGGGCACCAGUGCUGACGUGGACAUCCACCACCUGGCCUCGCUGGACCCCGAGAUGUACCGCAACCUGCUCUUCCUCAAGAGCUACGAGGACGACGUGGAGGACCUGGGACUCAACUUCACCAUCGUCAACAAUGACCUGGGAGAGGCACAGGUGGUUGAGCUGAAGCCUGGAGGGAAGGACAUCCCUGUGUCCACGGCCAACAGGAUAGCGUAUAUCCAUUUAGUGGCAGAUUACCGACUCAACAAACAGAUCAGGCCCCACUGCCUGGCCUUCAGACAGGGCCUGGCCAACGUGGUCAACCUGGAGUGGCUGCGUAUGUUUGACCAGCAGGAGAUCCAGGUGUUGAUAUCUGGAGCUCAUGUACCCAUUUGUCUUGACGACCUGAAGACGUUUACAAACUACUCAGGUGGUUACACUGCCACUCACCCUGUCAUUACCAUCUUCUGGGAGGUGGUGGAAAGCUUCACCGAUGAAGAGAAACGCAAGCUGCUCAAGUUUGUCACCAGUUGCUCGCGGCCUCCCCUCCUGGGCUUCAAGGAGCUGUACCCAGCCUUCUGCAUCCAUAACGGGGGGAACGACCUGGAGCGCCUGCCCACGGCCUCCACCUGCAUGAACCUGCUCAAGCUGCCCGAGUUCUGUGACCAGCACCUGAUGAGGAACAAGUUGCUUUACGCCAUCGAGUCCUCCGCAGGCUUCGAGCUCAGUUGAGGGGGGUGUCUGGCUAUGACUCCCUGAAAACCACUGACUCAAUGGACAUGUAUGGGCCAGAGAAGACUGUCAGUUCGGAGAGCGUGAAACAAAGACUUAGGGGAAAGAUGCAUUGGUAUCUCUCUGACUGGAUGGAAAACAAACAGGGGUGAAAGGAUUGUCUCCCAAAUCGGAUGAGGAAGAGGGGGACGAGGGAAGAAUGGAGGGGAAGGGAAAAGUGCAGUCAUUUUUUUUUUUUUUUAAUAUAACUUAAAUGUGUAUUAAAAAUCUACAAAACAUAAAAAAGAGCAACAACAAUAGAAUCUCGACUUCUUUGUGCAAAAGUAAACGAACAGACGAGAUCUACUGUGACUGUCCAUGGCGAUACAUUUGACCCUUAAGCACAGCGAGUUGUGAAAUUAUCAACAGAAAUAAACAUCAACAACAACGGAGUGUUCACCAAAGAUUGACCCGUGCUGUGCUGUUGGAAAAUGGGUAGAAGAGAGGCACAGGAAAUAAGAGGACAGAGGUGGGAGAUGGGGUGACAUACAGGACUGCAACACUCCUAACACCCCUGUGUCAAGGGUUUUAAGAGCGUCUAAUAGCGCCUGUUCCAAAUGGUGCCCUAUUCCCUAUAUCGUUCACUACUUUUGACCUGAUCCCUAUGGGCCCUGGUCAAAAGUAGUGCACUAUUACGGGAAUAGGGUGCCAUUAGGAACAUUUUCAACUAUAGGUCAUGUUUUGUGAUUACUGUAAUGGUUAUUAUCGUUUUCAGAACAUAAAAAUGCUAAUGGUUUGGGCAGGCUACUGUGUUGGUUUUUCAAGGCAAAGACUAGUAUUGUUGAUAAGAGAUUGGACAAAACUAUUGAUUAUGAUGAUCAUGGAAUAUUUGUUAAUAUGUAUAUGUGUUUACACCACUCUUGUACAAUUCCUUCACUCAUUAUUUGUACAGGCUGCUUUUCUCUGUUUCUUUUUCCUCUUGUGUUUCGAAUGAAGGCCUGGUGUUCUCACACACAGAUUAAAGUGAACAAUCUAUUCUACA